AUGCCCGAAGCCAUCCUCGACGACAUCUCACAUCGACGGUACAAUCCAUUACGUGCGUCAUGGGUGCUAGUCAGUCCUCAUAGGACGAAGAGGCCAUGGCAGGGACAGCAGGAGGCUGCCAGCAGGAUUGAACUCCCAAGCCACGAUCCCACAUGCUAUCUCUGUCCUGGCAACAAACGAGCACAAGGCGAUGUCAACCCAAAGUAUGACAGUACAUUCGUCUUCGUCAAUGACUACUCUGCGGUCAAAGAGCAACAAGAGGAGUACAAGCAGCCCGAUCAGGACGGAUGUGAGUCGAUGUGA